AUGGAGAAGUUCAACAUCAUCAUCUCCAACUCUACAACUCUCAACCACAUCACAUCACAUCAUCACAAAGACUUCUUCAUCACAACCACAACUACCAAACCAGACCAGAAGAUCGCCGAGACUCAGGCCAACCUCCCUCUCCCCGAUCAGCCCCCUAAGGCCUCCGACUGGCAGUCAGCUGACGCCCGUACCGUCAACGUCGGCGCUGGCAAGCAGGAGGGCCCCAUUGGCACCGAUUCUGCCGCUCAGUCUGGUCUCCGUGAGCCCGCUACCAAGGGCGAGGAGGUCGACCUGAGCAACGUUGGCCGCGAGGGUGUUGAGAAGCGUCAGCAAUAA